CAGCUACGUAAGCGCACCAAUCAGCUGCUCUACACUCCAGUCCAUUCUGUAGUACUGUGUAGAGGCGAGGCGGGCUUGCAGGAUGCGGGCGGGGUGGGUGCAUAUGAACUAAUGUAGCCUGAUCAAACAUCACAUUAUUACUUGCAAAGAUAUUCAGGUCUAAUUAUCAUGGCUGCAACCUCCCAGCUGUUCAGGUUCGUCCAUGGCAGACAAUUCGGUCGGAUUUUGAUACCCGCCAUUACAUGCCAAAACUCCUGCCAGUCUCCUGUAUCCUGCACCAGUGCAACUCGGCCAUACGGUUUUCAUCCGUCACGUGGCUACAGGGCUUCAGCUGUGUGGCACACCUACUACCUGACCCCACCUCAGGUUGACAGCAUCUUAAAGGCGAAUGAGUACAGCUUCAAAGUUCCUGAAUUUGAUGGCAAAAACCUCAGUUCAGUCAUGGGCUUUGACAGCAACCAGUUACCUGCAAACGCACCCAUCGAGGACCGGCGAAGUGCAGCGACGUGCCUGCAGACACGCGGCAUGCUGUUUGGCGUGUUUGACGGCCACGCCGGCUGUGCCUGUGCACAGGCGCUCAGCGAACGGCUUUUUUACUACAUAGCUGUUUCGUUGCUACCUCAUGAGACGUUGGUGGAGCUGGAGAACGCUGUGGAGAACGGUCGUCCUCUUCAUCCGAUCCUGCAGUGGCACAAGCAUCCCAACGAUUACUUCAGCAAUGAAGCUUCACGGCUCUACUUCUCCAGCUUGCGCACGUAUUGGCAGGAGCUUCUGGAUCUGAGCGUUCCUGGAGAGCAACCCGACGUUGCCGAAGCGCUCGUGAGCGCUUUUAAAAGGCUGGAUAAUGACAUAUCUCUGGAAGCGCAGGUUGGUGAUCCUAAUGCGUUCUUGCACUACUGGGUACUUCGCGUGGCAUUCUCAGGAGCUACUGCAUGCGUUGCGCAUGUAGAUGGCAAUGAGCUGCACGUGGCCAACACCGGAGAUGGGCGUGCGGUGCUGGGUGUACAAGAACCCGAUGGAUCUUUCUCGGCACUUACGCUCACCAAUGAUCACAAUGCGCAGAACGAGUCAGAAGUGCUUCGGGUGCGGGCUGAGCACCCGCGCUCCGAGGCAAAGACCGUGGUGAAGCAGGAUCGGCUGUUAGGGCUGCUCAUGCCCUUUCGCGCCUUUGGAGAUGUUAAAUUCAAGUGGAGCAUCGAGCUGCAGCGCCGCGUUCUCGAGUCGGGUCCGGACCAGCUCCACGAGAACGAGCAUGCCAAAUUCAUUCCCCCCAACUACCACACGCCGCCCUACCUUACAGCAGAACCAGAGAUCACGCGGCAUCGCCUCCGUCCGCAGGACCGUUUCCUGGUGCUAGGCUCGGAUGGGCUUUGGGAAACGCUACAUAGGCAGGAAGUGGUUCGGCUCGUGGGUGAGCAUCUCACUGGAGUACAUCAGCAGCUACCAGUCAACGUUGGGGGCUUUAAAGUGACCCUGGGCCAGAUGCAGGGAUUGUUGCAAGAGAGGAAAGCUCGCAUCUCCUCCACGUUCGUGGAUCAGAUUUCAGCUACGCAUCUGAUUCGUCAUGCCGUGGGCAGUAAUGAGUUUGGGAUGGCGGAUCACGAGAGGUUGUCGAAGAUGCUAAGCUUGCCGGAAGAACUCGCUCGCAUGUAUAGAGAUGAUAUCACGAUCAUCAUAGUGCAGUUUAACCCACAUGUCAUUGGUGGACAGUAGGACUGAACAUACUUUUCAUUUCACAUGCACUCUGUUACGAUGCUAAUCUUGUGUACAAUCUUGUUGAUACAUUGUCAGCAAUAUCAGCAUAGCAAAAGAAAUAUCAGUGGAAUGUAUUAAUCUGUAUGUAUUUAUGUUUAUUUUCACAUAUUCAAGGCAGCUGCCUUUGAAGGGGAAAUCUUGAAAUCGCAGUAUAAGUGGUGUUUGUUACCACUGUUAUGCUGUACUGUAUGUGGCAGUUAGGCCAAUGGAGAAAGAAGUGCUAUAAGCCUAUAACAGACCCAAAACAAUAUUUAAGACUGGAACCUGCACACUGUUCAAAUGUACCUGUAUAUUAUCAGCACAUUUUGCACUGUGGAGAGACUUAAAGGGAAGAAUGUAAGGUUCAGAAGUGCCAAAAUCUGCUUUUAUGUUGUAUCGUUUUAUUUUUUUUUUUAUGAAACUGCUAACUAAUACAAAGGUCAUUUUGAAAUGGUGAAAGAAUGGUAUGAAAGAAUAUAGAGUAGCAAAUAAUAGCAAGGGGUAACAGAAGUUUUAAUAUUGUUUAAUUGUUGGAUUUAUUAGUUAUGUGGUAUUGUAGUUUAUGAAGAAGGUAAAAGUUUGGAUUUUGUUGCGGUUUUUAAUAUACACACAAAAAUAUGUUUAAAUUAGUACCACGUUACAGUUAGUUCUUUUUCUGUAUCUAAAAAGUUUUUUUGUGUAAAUCAUGCCUUUAGAUGAUGUCUUUCAUGUCUUUGUGUUUAAUAAUCAUAGAAACAUGGUUACUUUCUUAUACCUGUAAAAAUUCUGUUAAAUAAGCUUUAAAGUAUAUAGUUUUUCUUCUUCAAGUUAGUAGAUGUAAAGUCUUGCACAGUAAGGCAGAGCUUUCUAGAUUACCCUUAAUUGUUACUUUAUUUGUAUUAUUAACAAUAACAAAAGAUUCUCUGUUACUUUCAUGUCAAUCUUACCUCGGUCCAUUUUUCAAAAUUUGUAAUGCUUCUGGCCAAUUGCAUAAAUUUGAUUUGUGCAGAUUUGCUGGACCUUCAUGUAAGAGAAAGAACAUGAGGUUCAGUAAAGGGUGAAGCGACAAAAAAACGUACCAAAAAACGAAACGGUUGUAUACUGAAGGAAAUGUGAAUCUGAAGGAUUUGCUUUCUGGAUUGUGUUUCCAAAAUCAUUUAAUUGAUUUCAAUGUUGCACGUAUUACAUUUUUCGAAUUAUUACAUUACAUGAGAUUAAAACUUCUCACUUCUUCCCUCCUUUGGUCAGUGUUGUUGACCAAGUUUAAAACCAUAACUUUUUGUUCUGUACUCUGCUCUUGCACAAGAACACACCGCUGAUUACCACAUGAAAUGUUAAGUAUGAUAGUAGAGCAGCAAACAGUGUUAUUGGGGUAAUAUUGUCAUAAAAAGUAUGGACCGUGAGUUUGCAAAAGUGUAUAUAUGGAAAGCUUUUUAUUAAAAGCAUAAUACUUGAAGUAAGUGUAUGCUGCAGCUUAAGUUAAGUUUAACAGGUUUAAAAAUGUUUUGCAGCAUGUCACCAAUGCAUUAAACGGUAUUACUAUGCUGGUGCAUGAACAUGACUUGUGUAAGUACACUUGCUUUUUUGUAUUGAGACUGUUUUAAUAAAAAUGUUGUAAUCAAACAUAAAA